AUGCAGUAUCACGUGCAGCUGCUUGGUAUCUGCAUCGAUUGCCAGAUCUGGAAGCGGUUGUUCUCUGGCAGACAUGGUGAUGGCAUUGAUGAUGAUAGCGACUCAAUGCGAGUGCUGAUCAGCAGAGAUGACAUAGAGAACCUUGGAUUUUCGCAGACCAAACGCUGGAACGUGGCGAACCUUCAAUGCUUAUCGCAGUCGGAUUACGCACGUAUGCCGUCAGGAAUGAGUAGCAUGGUUGCUUCGAAAGCCUCCCGGGCACUUGACCUUCAAGUCGAGAAGACUAAGGCUGCUCAACGUCAAAUCAAGGUGCUGAAACGUACAAAUCAGGCCCAAGCCAAGACGCUCAUCAAAAAACAACGAAGGAUUGAUGAACUGGUCCAUAAUUCUUCGUCUCUGGAAAUCACCACAGUUGGGAAGACUGGGAAACGCUUUUCCGUGCAAGGAUGCGUUGCCACGGGCAUCAGACGCAACCUAUCAAACAUUGCUUCUUCGGAUUUCGGUGUAACAGUGCUGCAGUCCAUAUCACAUCAACGAGUAUGCCGCUCAGAGAUCAGGACAGGAGCUGCUGUUGUUGCUCGUAUGCACGCACAAUGUGCCUUAGCAGUUGAGUCAAUGUAUGGAUUGGGCGAAGAUGAGUGGGGGUUGGUCACGGUUUCAUUCCGAUGCGACGCAACUAAUUCGAGCAUUUGGCGUCGAGAGAAGCUCCAUGUGCUCGAUGUUGAUCUUGGCUACAUCAACAACAAGGCAGCAAUCAAAGAGUUCAAUGCUGACAAAGCAUUUGGUUAUACUCAAGUCGUGGCCGGCAAAGACGCCGAAGCAUGCAACGGCUUGGUGCUGAAGCAACUUCGUGCUGUUGGAGCUCCAGUUUGGGAUGACGUCAUCACUGAUAUGCAUUCCGAGCAUCCUACGUUCCGUCCGAACGACGUGUUUCUCUACUUCGACGUGACAGACAAAGGCCCAGAUCAGAACUGUCGAUCAAGUGUGGUAUCGGUGUUGCUCGAAGUUCUGUCGAAGCACAUGAAGUCGCGUGAUGCCGACGACGACCAACCAAAAGACGGCGACGACUAUGAUGGGGUUAUCGACGUCGAGUCGGCCGAUGAGCAAGCAAAAAACGCCAACAUUGGACAAGUUGUUCUGAAACUGGUGACGUUCAAACUGGAUGAACUUCAGAACGAGUAUCGCAAUUUGCUUAACCGCAUCAAUGAGAUCGUGCGACGGGCGGCCGAGCUGUCUGGAUGUGACAGGCUCUUCAAAGACGAUCCCGCAUCCAUGACAUCACUUGCAUUGAUAGCACGCAAGGUCUGCUAUCAACAGUGGGCAGCAUUCCAGUAUCCCUACAAGCUCCUGUGGCUGCUGAAAGAGAAGCCGCUCAGAGUUGCGUCUGACAUUCUGGCGUCACAGAACCUGGACCACGCAACUCAACGUGUCCGCAAACUCUGCGCUCGAGAGCUUCAGCACAUGGCGCAAACGGGUAUGUUCAUGCGAAGCGGCACGAGCGACGCCAGCAAGCAUGGGUCAAUACUUUGGACGAUAGUGCAAAUGAUGGCCAGAUUGUACUACGCCGAAACACAAUCGAUUGAAGGCUUGAAUUCAAUAGUCAAGCUUCUUGGACGUCGCUGCCCCAACAUUUCAUUGGAACUUCUAUCUAGCAGGCUGACUAUCAAGCGCAUGAUCGGACAGGCUGACGGGGUUACGGGGUGUCGGAAGUCUUGGGCAGUGAUCAAGAACUUGGCGGAAUCAGCGGUGGUGGAUUUGGCGGAACAUUCUACAUCAUCGUUAGCAAUUCUUGCGAACGAAGCACGCUGGGCGAACGCAAAAUCAGAGACCUUUGCAUUGACGACCACUCUCACGCGUCAGGCUGCAUUGUGUGACACUGCACCGAAUGCAUCGUCGUCCUCAAUGUCACAAUCAUCACAGGCGCAUGCGUCUGCGUGCAUUGCGCAUGCUCCAGAUUCGGACCGUGCUGCGAGCACAUCGCUCAGCCAGGUUAUUGAGUCAGGACUUUUGCCAACUUCAGUUUCCUCAAAGGCACUUGCAUGGGCGAAAUCAUACAACCUUGGAUGGAAGUGGACGACAGGAGGCGGCAAGAAGGCCAAUGCAAAGAAAGUGAUACAAGCACACGGUUUGAAUGGAUUCGGCCUGCUCAUCAUAAAGACAACAGAUCUGCAAGACAUGGCGUUCUAUGUUGUUGUGGACAGGUUUGCACACAGCGUAGUUUUUUCUAGACUGCAAGUUGUUCGAAGGCGUUGCGCGGCGAACACUGAGCCUGUAGAUUGUGUAUGCUGGGUGCACGACGGUUCCAAAUUUGCAGAUUCGGUAGAAUCAACGUUGUUGUUUCUCAAAUACUAUGACGUUUGCUCCAAGGGACAUGUGGUGGAUGUACAAGCAUGCUUUCUGGAGCACGAUCUAUUUGAGCAGCUAUUUGUUGAGCCAGGCUACAUUCCGAUAUCCGAAGUUAUGGAGCAUGCGUCGAAGUUAUUCAGCAUGGAUAAGAAAACCAUGAAAGGAGUGAACGUCAAGAUAAAGAAGACAAAGGCAUCAUGCGCUGCCCAAGCAGGUGCAGAUGACAACGACAGAGGUUCAGGAGUGUUGGCACCGCCAGCCGCAGACACGCAGGACGUAGCUGAGUCAGCUGAGCCUGAGGACAACACAUUCAUGGAUGGAGAUCUUCUAGAUACAUCAGGCUCAGAUGACAACGCUGAGGCUGGGGUUGAUGACAACGAUGACCUCGACAGUUCCGACAUGACGGUGAAGGAGCUUCAACGUUCGAUACAUGCUUUGUCGACGUCUGGAUCGUCAGGUAUCCCUUCUGCUAAGGAAGUUUCGCACACAGCGGAUGCCAUUGCUGGCGGAGGUGUUGUGCCUCCCAACGCGGAACUGCAGCAGGAAGCUUUGCUGUUGUUGGUCCGACAACGUCAGGAGUCGAAACGCAACAGAGAAAUCAAUGCCAGCAAUGCAGCAAGUAGGCUUGAAGGUGUGGGUGACUCUGAUCUCAUGAGAAUGUCUUUGGAUAUCUCAGAUGACGAGGAUGCAGACGAUCAAAUCGACAUAUCGGAUGCAUUCGACGUCUGGGCUUCAAACUGCUGCAAAACACUUCGAUCGUUACAAGAUGUGAAGAAUGCACAAGCCGCACAUGCGCUGGGAGAUCAUAGAUCAAUUUCGCUUGUUCUCGCACAUGCCCACAGAGUCGACGGUUGCUCAUGUGUUCGCUGCAAGAGUUCUAACCCAGUCGAUGCACCCGAUCUUUUAUGGAUAACAUGGUUGAACAACUCAGCAGCUCAUGGGCUGCUGGGGCGCAAAGCACGCGAGGUGAAACUGGACAUGGAGAACAAGGUACUGUUUUCAACUUCAGGCUCUGCGUUCAUGGGGCUCCCUGAGCUUCAAUGUGACGAUUCACACGUCGACGUACUCAUACCAUAUGUAGGUGCAGCAAUGCGUAAGAUCAAAAAAACCUGCAGGGACAGGGACCAAGUGCCGGAAUCAUUCAUGCAGUUCAAGAGUUUUUGCGAGAUUAUGCUGGACCGGCUGCAUUACAACUUGGGUGACACUGUCGGUAUCGACGACAGCGAGGCGGCGAGUCUGUCAGACCAUGGGCAGGCAUGCCUGGAGUGCCUCUUCCACAGCCAGGAGUGGUUUUGGGAGGAACAAAGAAAAGAGGCCGCUGCGCGAGCUGAGCAGGAGAUUGUCCAGCAAGUGAUAGGGACGCCGCAGCAGCAUCGCACCCCGCAGCAGUAUUCGUUGACACGUCACAAUAUUCGACAGGAGAAUGCAGUCUCCUGCAUGACUCUCGGUGAACCGGCUAAGCCAGAGCCACUGUUGGAACCACCUCGAUUUGCGACAGUAGACUCACCGGCCCUGGAUGGGAAGAAUGCCACAUUGCCUGCAGCUGCAUCUGAUGCACCAGCAGACGCAGGGAAGGCAAGUGAAACACCUGCCGUGGCGGCAACCAAGGAAGAAUCGCCAACAGAGUCAGAUUCUUCGUCGUCGUCAGAGUCUGGUGCAGGUGAAGCUGCGCCUAAGCCAGAGAUAAUCGAAGUGGACGGUGGAGCGGCGAGUGAGUCUGCACACUCGUCAGCAUCGCCUGAUGAUUCACAGAAUGAGGACAGCUUCGGAUUAGGAUGCGUUUAG